GAUAAGACCAUUUCCCUCUCUCACACUCCCCUCUCUGCUCCGCUCCCCUAUCCAUCCACCCAAAGGCGAUGGAUACCAACACGCCCCCUCCUCCUUCCCAGCUCCAGGAACUCACCGCCGCCUCCGCCUCCGCCUCCGCCUCCGCCUCUCAAGACGAGAACCAAGAAGAACUCCCGACUGCCAAUCUCCCGUUGGCCUCCCUCUCACUCUCACUCUCCCUCUUCUCCCCCUUCCCCAAACCUUGCUCCGUCGUCCCCUCGCCUUCCCACGUAAAAUUCAACGUCCCCUCGCAAGUCUCCUCCCUCUCCAUCUCCCUCUUCCCUCCCCCGGCGAAAUCUUCGUCCAAGCUCUCCGCCCCUUCCAACAUCUCCAAUUCCCUCCUGCUCUCCCCCUCGCCCUUCCUUCGCCGCCGCCCCACCGACCCUUCCGCCGCCGCUGCCGCCCGCCGCUGCACCAUCGUCUGGUUCCGCGCUGAUCUGCGCCUCCACGACAACGAGCCCCUCUCCGCCGCCAACGCCGACUCCCUCUCGAUCCUUCCCGUCUUCCUCUUUGACCCACGUGACUUCGGCCGUUCCCCCUCGGGCUUCGACCGCACCGGACCCUAUCGCGCUCGCUUCCUCAUCGACUCCGUAGCCGAGCUCCGCCAGGGGCUGCGACGCCGUGGCUCCGACCUCGUGGUGCGGAUCGGACGGCCCGAGGUCGUGCUGCCGGAGCUCGCCCGUGCUGCUGGCGCUGACGCUGUGUACUCCCACCGGGAGGUGUCCCAUGAUGAGGCGCGUGCAGAGGAGAGGGUUGCGGCGGCGAUGGAGGCUGAAGGGGUGGAGGUCAAGUACUUCUGGGGGAGCACGCUGUAUCACAUAGACGACUUGCCGUUUAAGCUGGAGCACAUGCCAACCAAUUAUGGAGGAUUCAGGGAGAAAGUGAAGGUCUUAACCGUUAGGAAGACGAUCGAGACGCCGGAAGAGGUUAAGGGAGUGCCUUCAAGAGGAAAUAUUGAACCUGGGGAUAUACCGAGCUUGCAAGACCUUGGACUUAAUCCAGCUCCCACAAUGUCGCAGGAUGGAAAACCUAUUAUGAGUGCUUCCCUCGUGGGUGGUGAGACUGAAGCAUUAGAAAGAUUGAAAAAGUUUGCUAUUGAAUGCCGCACCGAAACAAGCAGAGGAAAUAUGGAGAAUUCUAGGAAUAGCAUAUUUGGUGCUAAUUUCUCAUGCAAAAUCUCACCUUGGCUAGCUAUGGGAUGCCUUUCUCCUCGCUUGAUGUUUGAGGAGCUAAAGAAGACUGCCAAUAGGACGGUUUCUACUGCUUCAUCUGCGAAGAGUGGCGGUCUGAAUUCACCAGAUAGUGGGAUGAACUGGUUGAUGUUUGAGUUAUUGUGGAGAGAUUUCUUCAGGUUUAUCACCAAGAAAUACAGUUCGGCUAAGAAGGGUGCAGCUGCACCAGCCACAGCUUGCACUGGUGCCCUGGUGUAACUUCUUUAUCCAGCCUUAAACUUCAAUCUACUUGGCUGUGAGAUUUUAGAUACUCUUGAGUUUUAUAAAAUCCAGGUUCAUGUUCAUGGAAUUCUUCACAUUGUCUGUCAAAAUUUAAUGCAGAAUUCAACCUAAAACAAAAAUAAUAGAGGCUGGCUUGGCACCUCAUUCAACCUGAAAGAAUCUCCACCUUUUGAAUUACUUCGGCAAUAAAAAAAAAAAUCAAGGAAGCUACUGUCAUUUAUUCUUUGAGUGAUGAUGACAAUUGUCCUAAAAAGUUCUCUUUUUGAUCUUUUGGAUAAAAUAGUUUUGUUUGGUCAUAAUAUUUAGCUCAAGUCAUUUCAAUUUGAA